AUGCCCAAAGCUGCUCACUUUCAGUAUCAUCGCCACUUCAAGCCACACAAUUCAUUGCGACUUCCCCCCUGGGCGCAUCUACACUCCUAUUCCUUUGAUACAGCACAUGUCGUUUCUUGCGAUACGGACUGCACAACCUCAGCGGUGCCUGAUGUCCCACAACACACUUUAUCAGCAGUUCAGUCACCUGUCCCUGCUUUUCUGCUGGUGAAAAUUCUGAAACCCCGAGGAGAUGUUUCUAGUGUCGAGAGGGGAGGUUAUAAUUUACUUGAGGCAAUCAGCUGGCCUUCCUUAGACUAUGAAGAAACUCGUACAUUCGUAGUUCAUCUCGCCUGGGAGCAUCUUAAAAUCAACAAGUCCUGGAGUUCACAAGCCAUUAUGUAUGUGGAAGUAGGCAAAAAACGGUAUCACAUCCUUGAUCACUAUGAGGACAACUGGGUUGUUAAGUGA